AUGGUGCACGCCGAGAUGACUCUGCGGAAUUUAUUCAUGCCAAAGCAAGCGGUUUAUCAAGAUGCUGAGCCCGAGUCUAUUAAUGUGCUUGCCAUAUUAUCUCGAGGGAAGAUGCAUUUUAACAAUUAUGACUACGUAAAAUCUCUUGCCAGUUUCGAUGUAGUAUUAGAUUUGGAUCCCAGCAACGUAGAUGCUUUAAUUUAUCGUGGUAAAAUUCUUUAUAUGUUUGGACAAUACGAGGAUUCUCUAAAGGACCUAGAUCGAGCCUUGACAAUCGAUUCGGUUAACGUUCAGGCGCUGAUAACUCGAGGAAACACUUUAUGGAUGCUAAAAAAGUUUAGUGAAUGCCUUGCGGAUUUCUGUGUUGCCUUAGACAUCGAAUCAAAUAAUCCGCAUGCGUUAAAACUUCGAGGAAAAUUUUAUAGAUUGUUGGGUAAGUUCGACGAAUCACUUGAAGAUUUUAAUAAAUCACUAGAAUUGGGACAUGAUAGCGCUUUCGCGCUAAGAUCCCGUGGUGAGCUGCAUCACAUGCUUGGUAAUUUCGAAGAGUCUCUCGCGGACUUGAAUCAAUCCUUGCAAAUCGAACCGGAUAAUAUUUUCGCUUUGAGGUCCCGGGGUGCAACGCUUUUCAUGUUAAAAUAUUAUAAGGAGGCACUGACCGAUUUUAAUAAAGUAUUGGAGAUGAAUCCAAAUGAUAGUUUCGCCAAUGAGUACAAAGAUGCAAUCUUCCUGAGGCAAAAUCUGGUUAACCAACUUCCCCGGUCCCAAGAAAGUAAUUAA